AUGGCUUCUGUGUCGUCGCUAGACCAAGACAUGCGCAACCUGCGCAUGUCAAAAUACACUCCGCAAGCCGCCAACGAAAUCCGCUCGUGGAUUGAACAAACGCUCGGCGAAACACUACCAUCUGGAGAUCUUCUGCAGGAUGUACUCAAGGAUGGUGUUAUCCUGUGCAGACUCGCCAACCUAGCUCUGCCCGCUCCAGGACUCAAGUUCAAAAGAUCCGCCAUGCCCUUCGUACAGAUGGAAAACAUCUCGCAUUUCCUGCGGGCCUGCGAAGCCCCUCCGCUAAACAUGCCUGCUCACGACCGCUUUCUUACCGUCGACUUGUUCGAGUCCAAAGAUCCCGCCCAGGUCCUUCAAUGCAUCAGCGCCUUUAGUCGCGUUGCUCAUGCUGUCAGCCCGGCCAACUUCCCCAACACCAUCGGCCCACAAAGGAGCGCAACUUUGAGCCCUGCCGCUACUGGUCCCGCUACAAGGAAUGCCCGACCUGUCGCUCCGAAUCCCCUUUCCGCCAAGCCUUCGUUCGCUGUCCCCUCGGCCAGAUCUAUGAGUCCUGCUCUCAGUGGAGGCUUCUCCGGCUCAAGCGCAACAGACAACGGCCUCAAAUCACCUCGAGGCACAGUUAGUAGCUGGACUAAAGCAGGUGAUCGAGGAAACACUGCGCCCGCAUGGAACAUCGCUCAGUAUGGAUAUAUGGGUGGUGCUAGUCAAGGCAACCAGGGAGUCAUGUUUGGUGGCAGAAGACAAAUCACCACUGCUGCACCUCACGUUCCUGGACAGGGCGAAUCCGAUUUCGGAAAGAGACGUCGUGAGAGGGAAGCGGAAGAAGAGCGCCUCAGACAAGAGGCCGAGGAAACCGAAUACAAGAAGCAGCACGAACGGGAGGCUGAGGAAGAGCGCGAUCGAAUUGCCGAAGAACAUAGGUGGGAAGAAGAAGCCCGUCGCACAAGAGAAAAAGAAAGACAACGGAUUCUGGAGCAAAAGCGAGAAUGGGAGGAGGAAGAGCGUCGAUGGAAGGCUCAGGAAGAAGCUCGUCAAAAAGAGCACGAAGCAGAUUUGAAAGGGCAACAUCUGAGUCAACAUCAAGCCGAUCAAGGUGCUCGCAGAUCUAGCGCACACGAAGACACGCCGGAAAGAUUGAGAGUUCGCGAACUUGAGAAACAACUCGAAGAGGCUAGGGAGCGUGAACGUCAGUAUCAACAGGAGCGUGAGGAGCGCGUGCGUCAGAACAGCAUCCACUCAAGGCCUUCUACUGCGAGAUCGGAACAGGAAGCCGACCCCAUACCUAGAGCGCCCUCACCUAAGGAUAGCGACGUUUCUUGGGCACCGAUAGAGGAUGAAGUGCUUAACAGGAAGAUGCCUGCGCCUGAGAUGCCUCACGGUUCAUCAAGACCUCUUCCGACACCAGCGACAAGGCAAACGCCAAUGCUACCUGAGCGUACAGCCUCACCAGCGGGUCCACGUCCCCUACCGGAUCCUUCAGCAUAUCGUCCUGCUUCACCAGCGCCGACACGUACAGAUCGCUACCUCGCUGAAAACCCAGCGCCGGUGUCGUCAAAGCCCGUCACUCACCAGCCACGAGAGAUGGGCUACACUUCAACAUACGAAGAACAGAAUGACAGAGACCGUCGGAUGGCUUCACAGCAGACGACUAAGGCUGGCGGGUGGGCAUCCAAGUCACUCUUGGAGCGCGAGAUGGAACGCGAAAGAGAGAGGCAGCGAGAAUGGGAAGCUAACCAGCAAGCUACUAAGGAUGUAGCCAAAGACUCGAGCCAAGGAAGCGGCGCAGGGCAGAGCUGGGAUGUGCAUCAAUAUGGUUACAUGGGGGGAGACAGCCAGAACCGAGGUUCCAGCUCGGGCAGUGGGAUUGGAUUUGGUGGACGACGCCAGAUCAUCGGACCCCGCCCUCCUCCAGGUUCUUGA